CUGGAGAGCCUGGCAGUUCCAGGAAACAGUCAGUGCCUUGAAACCAAAAGCAAAACAUCCUCCCUUUCUCCCUUCUGCUUCAGAGCGGAGCAGACAUGGCAAGCGUGCUCCUCACCCGGCAGUUCCUGGACGAAACCUCCUGCCCCAUCUGCCUGGACUAUUUCACAGACCCGGUGAUUCUGGACUGCGGGCACAGCUUCUGCAAAGCCUGCCUCACCAUGUGCUGGAAAGAAACGCAAAGACCAGCAUCAUGCCCCCAUUGCAGGCAGGUAGCCCAGAGAACCAGCUUCAGGCCAAACCGGCAGCUGGCCAACGUGGUCGAAAUAGCCAAGCAGUUCACCUCUCAGGCGGAGACAACCAAUUGCAAGAGACAUGGGGAGCCCUUGGAGUUUUUCUGCAAUGUUUGUGUAGCCCCCACCUGCAACGUCUGCAAGAGGUCGCAAGAGCACAGCGAACACGACAUGUUUAAUCUGGACGGGAUUUCACAGAAGAUUAAGCAAGGAAUCCAGGCUCGGGUGCAGUUUCUGAUGCAAGAGAGACAAGUGGUUAGGCAAUGGAAACUGGCUGAAGAAGAGAGGGUCAAGGCGUUUCCGGCGGAGCUAGAGGAGGAGAAGAACAAGAUCUCGGGCGCUUUCGAGCAAAUGCACAACUUCCUGCACGAGCUGCAGCGUUUUUGGCUGACCGAGCUGGAGGAUCUGGAGAAAGAGAUGAAGACGAAAAAGGAAAGUAAUAUCGUCAAGCUCUCACAGGAUAUCGCCUUUCUCAGUAGCCACAUCACAGACAUGGAGAAGAAGCGCCAACUUCCGCCUUUUGAGUUCCUGCGGGGCUUUGGGACUUCGGUGAUCAGGUUUGUGCAGUGGAAAAAAAAGCGGGCAGUGCUGGGAAUCUCUACAGGCAUGGAAGAGAGACUCAUAAGUUACACUCAGAAAAAUUCGUUUCUGCAGGAUACCCUGGAGAAAUGCAAAGGGCUGCUGAUGGAGGCACCGAACAAAGUGAGUGUCACUCUGGAUCCAGGAACCGCCCACCCCUUUCUUGUUGUAACCGAGGACCUGAAGAAUUUGAGAAGAAGAAGGGAAAUGCAGGACGUUCAGGACAACCCUGGGAGAUUCAACAGCAUGCUCUACGCGCUGGGCCAUGCAAAAUUCACCUCAGGAAGAUAUUGGUGGGAGGUGGUGGUGGAAGAGGAGAAGGAGGAAAGGGAACGGGCCAACUGGGCCGUAGGGGUUGCAAAAGAGUCUGUCAGGCGCAAAGGCUUUGUCCGCAUGAUUCCUUCUGAGGGGAUCUGGGCCAUUGGGAAGGGAAAGGAUGAGUCAGCCUCAUCUGAUCCCUUCUGGGCUUCAACCCUCCCUGAGCGGACCCCUUUGAGCUUGAGCUAUGAGCCCAGGAAGAUCCGGGUGUCCCUAGACUAUGAUCAGGGCUGUGUGGAAUUCUAUAAUGCCCACACCGACGACUUGAUUUUCAAAUUCCAACGAGCCUCAUUCUCUGGGGAGAAGGUCCAGCCCUUUUUCCAUGUUUGGUGGGGAGCUGGUCUGAAGUGUUGAGUCCUGAGGACGCUCCUCACUGCUCCCAGCCUUACCACCCCCACCCUGAGAGGAGGUGACAGCCUAGCAUUUUCUCUUCAGUGUUAUGAGUUUGUGGGUGCCAGACACCCUAAAUUUCUGGAUCCAGUAAAUCUUAGAAUUUAAUCUGUGUGUGGAGUGUCAGAAGUGGAUGACAAACAGUAGGUUUAGCAAGCAUUAAAAUAUAAGCCAGGCCAGCUCCCCCAUAUCAGGAAGUACCUGGGAGACGAGCCAUGACACCCACACCAGCUCUACCACCCCCAACCUGGGAGGAGGUGACA